CUUUGCUCGCCUCGCAGCAUGGCAUUCAACAGGGCCCCGCGCGACGUUCGCUCGUUCUCGGGGUAGUGGGGACGGGCAAAUGAUGCGCAGAUUGGCCGGAUCAUCUCAAAAACCACCCCCAGUUGUCGGGGGUGGAAUUCACCCCUCUCGACGUCGUCACCACCAUCGCUUCCACCACCCCUGACGCCGACUUCUCGAUUAUUAUCUCAUUUGGUGGUCCGAGGUUUGCGCACCCCCGACGACUGCAGUGACAACAACCGUCUCUGAUCGGACCGCACGCAUUACACCCGUAGACGUCACAGUCUCCGGCCUUUGUAAAACCUGCCCCGUUUACAACGUAUAGAAAGUUUUUCCUGCCUCGCAAUAUAUCGUUUCUUCGUUAUUUAUAUCCAACCGUUGUCCCUGUCGUCAAAUUGUUGAAUCAUUCCGCUGUGAAUCUUCGUCAGAUAUUAGCUGCAGAAUGUCGACAACGACGGGUGACCCGUCGACGCUCAAGACACCACCUACGCUUUCGGGGGGCGAUCUGGUUUCUCGUUUACUGGCAGCGACUCCUCCUUAUCUCUACAACGUGCCCCUGACACCGCACAGUUUUUUCUUCAGUGAAAUGCUCCGAUCUUUCGUUCAGGCGAAGGCUGAAGCUUCCUCGGUAAGUAGCGGACCUCCGCCCGCUCCGCCGCGACGCCGCAAGCGUUCCUGGAGAGAUGCUAGGGACGCCAGGGACAGACCUUUGGAACUCACGACCAAGGAGCGUCCCCACGACAAGUACUUUCACGUCGACGGCCAUUUGGAACACAAAAGCAAAUACUUGAGCAUUCAACAUCCGAGUUUAAACUUUGAAAAUAAGACGGACGGCGGCGCGGUCGUUUCGGGGAACGUCAAGAAUCUGCAAGACGCGGAGGGAAAAUCUGACUUUUGCAAGCACAAGAACUAUUUCGACGAUCGGCAACCUUUUGGCGCUAAUCAAUCCAGCUCACAAAACGCUAUGAUUUUCGGUAACGAGCACAAGGUCAAACCGGAGGAAUUAUCCGUAGACCAAAAACUCAGUUUUGGAAUUGACCGGAAUUCGUCCGGCGCAGAAGAGGCAGUAGCGACAAAAUCAUCGUUGUGCGAUACCGGAUUUUUGUCCGAUCCCAAGAAUAAGCUAGAAUUUCCAGGUAGAAAUUUCACGUCGAAUUUAAAUCCGACCCGCGCCGAUGCCUUGGCGAGUUCAAAGAACUUCGGUCUACCGAAUUCCGAAGGCCUUCCAAAUCCCGAGUUUCUACCGACCCCGAUGUGGUACCCACCCUACCCGAUGCCUCAGUCGUAUCCCGGUAUAGACCCACUUCACUUUUUCAUAGAUCUUCGCGUUUCCGGUCAUAUUUGGGAUCGCAAAUUAGCGGAGAGGCAGCCAACUUUCAAAAGCAAGCACACCUCUGCUUUCAACGUACCGCAAUCCAAGGAGUAUAACCGCCCGUUGAAUCUCACUCGCGACGAGGCGUCGAGCUCGAGGACGAAGGAUGAAAACUCCAAGGGGACGCAUUACAUUCUCAAGAACUUGACAAAGACUUAUAAAGGCAUUCGCGGCUCGGAUAAAACCUCCGAAGCUUCGGGGGCACUGAAAUCGGACGAAGAAAUGGACGCGGAGGAAGCCUGCGAGGGGAGGUCAAGGAACGAAGAUUCGAGUCAAUCGGAGAACAAGGAUGACAGCAAGAAGGACAUCCGAGCACUGAUCGGCUUAGAACUCGUCGUAGACUACGUCAAAGAUCCGAAAGACGUCGCCGGGGGAGGUGGUGGAAAUUCUCCUCAAAUAUCUGAGUAAGAAAAAGAGUGACAUCUUCCCAAAAGUGACGAUUACCUAUACCGCUGAAUUUUCGUCGGAUUAUAUUAAGACCUAAGAAUUCCUGGGAGUCAUCUUUUUUUUUUCGUUCUCCUUUCGACCCGAGAAAAUUGAAUGUAAAAAUUAGAUUGCGCAUUCCAUGUGUAUUAGCCGCUCGAAAUUUCAACUUGGGAUGAUAGGUAUUCGAGGAAAUAGGUACACGAUGUAUAACUUAUUAUUAUUUUCUGGGAGGGAAAUGUUAAGUAGCAGAAUCUAAUGUACCUACAUUUUAGGACAAUAUUAAACGCUGUUUAUCCCAAAGUUUAGCUGGUUUUAUGUACCUAUUCGAUAUAGUAAUCCUGCAACAAGCGUGUAAUAUCAACAGAUAUAUAUGUAUAGCUUGGAAGCGACCUAGCGAUAUAAUUCUACCGAAUUCUACUGUAUGUGAUAUCUCUGUAAAUAAUAUUUCUUUAUCAUAACGAUAACUAUGAAUAAUAUUAAUCUCAAAUUGUAUAUCUAUGCGAAUAGUAGGGGCAAAAAAAGUUAAUCACGAGUCACGUAUCGAUGAGGUAUGUACAUAAUAAAUAAUAUGUAUUAUAAAUUAAGAAAUAUAGAUACGUAUAAUAAACAACGGUGAAAAUAUAUUGUUAUUUCAAUUAA